GGGCUCUUCGUCUUCGUCCGGGAGUGGCGAGGCGGGCGGGCGGGCGAUUCACGAAAAGAAUCCGCUAUCCUCGAAUGUGGGUCUCCAGUUCCAGAAGGAGACGCGCUGGCCGCGCGCUAGGGCCGCGGAUUUGAGCUGAAUGGUGUGGAUGCGCCAUGAUCUUCCUCAAGAUGUUCAACCUUUUUGUCUCGCGGAAGCUUCUCAAGCGCAAAGACAGUCACGCUUCGCCAGCUUCUUUGGUGGAUGAUCUACGCGCAUCGCUGCUGAGCGAUCUUCGCACGUCCGAUGGUGCCAAGAGACAACAGCAGCGUUUCUGCGGCCCCAGUGCCGCUCUAACUUUCAACUUCCUCGUUGCGGUGGCCAUCAUAUUGAUGAACAAAUCGGUUCUUGGCAGAGUUGGAUUUAACUUUCCCAUAGCGCUCACAUUCUUGCACUACUCCGUAAGCUGGAUUUUCAUGUGUAUAUUGAAUGCCUGUUCGCUUCUCCCGGCCGCUCCUCCGCUCAAAGCAACGCCAAUCUCGUCACUCUUUGGUCUCGGCAUUGUCAUGGCGUUUUCCAACGGACUCGCGAACGUCAGUCUGAAAUACAACAGUGUAGGAUUCUACCAAAUGGCCAAGAUCGCAGUCACACCUACGAUUGUAUUGUCCGAAUUCAUGCUCUUCGCAAAGAGAGUUUCCAUCCAAAAGGUGCUAGCUUUAGCUGUUGUUUCCGUGGGAGUGGCCAUUGCCACCGUCACAGACUUACAGUUCCACUUGUUCGGAGCUCUGGUAGCAGUAGCGUGGAUCAUCCCCAGCGCGAUCAACAAGAUCCUCUGGUCGAAUCUACAACAGCAAGAAGGCUGGACGGCGCUUGCGCUUAUGUGGAGAACCACUCCGAUAACUCUCCUCACGCUUCUCAUCCUCAUGCCGUGGCUCGAUCCACCGGGAUUUUUUUCGUUCCAAUGGAGUUUCUUUAGCACAGCCGCGGUGCUAUCGUCCGCUGUUCUUGGAUUUCUUCUUCAGUGGUCUGGAGCUCUAGCACUCGGGUAGGAUCUUCUUUUCUUUCUUCUCCAGCCCAGGAAAAAAAACGUGAAAUCUUUCUUUCCUCGUGAAAACAGUGCCACUUCCGCGACGACUCAUGUGGUUCUCGGACAGUUUAAGACGUGCGUUAUACUUCUCGGCGGUUACGUUUUCUUCCACUCCAAUCCAGGAUCCAAGAGCCUCUCCGGCGC